GACGCAAUACUGCAGAUGUGAGAUGAACAGAGCACUUAACUGAAUCCUUAUUCUAGAUACUUUAGUUCAACUCAAGGAACUCACAAUCACACUGCUUUUUUGGCAACCAAACACAUAAGUAACUCACAUUGGAUUACUUUCUGCUAAAAUGGGUACAUUUAUUUUCAUGGUUCUGCUUAUGAAAUCACAUCUUUCCAAUUGCAGAACUUGCUCAGGUAAUUUUUGGACCCAAAUAUGUAAUCCAAUGUUUAUCCUUUUUGUUAUAUUUGGCCCACUCCUCUGGCUUCUUUUCGAUCUGUCCCAGCUCUGUGCAUAAUCGAUGCCAUGUGUUCUAUAUUUUUGAACAAAAUUAGUGUUAAGAACAUUGAAUAAGGGCAAGACCAAAGAUAAAGCUCUCUGGUACAUCAUUAGAAAGCUUAUUUCAGGCUCUCAUGAUCCACUCACCAGUAACACUGAUUUUUUAUUUUUAAGUCACCCAAUUAGAGAAGCAUUUUGUUCAUUUGUCUCUAUCCCCAAGGACAUAACGAGAGAUCUUGUAAAAAAAAAAAAAAAAAAAAAAAAAAAAUCUUGCUUAGAAGCACUUUCUUUAUUGCAUUUCUCUGAUGUGCCAAAUUAGUAACCUUGUCAAAGAAGAAAAUUAGGUUAGUGUCAUUUGACUUGUUCUGAGUAACCCCAUGGUGGGUCCUACUGGUAAGUGCCUUUCCCCGACCCUGCCCAAGUAUUCACUAUCUUAAUGUUCCAUUCUAGAGUCUUGUCUAUGGUCUCCCUCUUUGUAGUUUGUGAAAUGCACUUAAACUUUCUUCUUGAAAAUUAAAAUCAUGCUCACUCAUCCACAACUUUCUAGCACUCCUUCUGUUCUCUAGAACCUGUAUUAGAUUCCCCUGUUCUUCAAAAUCUUCUAUAUAAGUUUCACUUCUUUCAAAGAGUUUGAGGGUCAAAUGAGAAGCAUGCUAACAUGUAAACUGUGAAUGGUACAGAGAUGCAAGUUUUGUGGUGACUGUUUCUUUUAUUAAUAUUACUACUACUGAGUACUGAAUGGGGCUUUACCUGGGCCCUAAAUAAGAAUUUUUCAAACUUCAGAAUUACAGGGUCUCCUUCUCCAAAAUAGCCAUGUCUGGCUGAGGAGUCCCACGUGGAUGAGUUCCAAGUGGGCAGUGUAAAAUGCACUGCUGGUUGUCUCUGAAUAUACUUGGAUUCUUGUCUGUUGGUUCUAACUUUGUGUCUACUUGGGUGAAGCUCCAAUACUUUGGCCACCUGAUGCAAAGAACUGACUCGUUGGAAAAGACUCUGAUGCUGGGAAAGACUGAAAAGUAGGAAGACAGGGGACAACAGAGGAUGAAGUGGUUGGGUGGCACCACUGCCUCAAACUCGAGUUUGAGCAAUCUCCGGGAGUUGGCAAUGGACAGGGAAGCCUUGUGUGCUGUAGUCCAUGGGGUCGCAGAGUCGGACACAACGAGCAACUGAACUGACUGGCUGGGUGAAUAUAUGAAUGGGCCUAGAUAAUUUAGAGUUUUCCAGCAAUAAGGCCAUGGAAAUAAGGCCAAGGGGCAGUGUGCAGAAGGCUAAAAAGCAAUGGGACAGACUUCUGAGAAUGGAGAAUGUGAUGAGCCUCUCUGUGUUCUCCAAGAAGAAACAAGCUCCCCAGAGAUUAGCUGCUCCUUCCCAGAAGGUCUGGCUGGCAGAUCUCAAGUCCAAGGACUCAAUUUAUUAUAAUUCUUUCUCUGCUGGAAAAGUACAAGUUAUUCAUUGGGCAGAGGUGCCAAGCACCUUGUGUUAAAUGAGUUGUCUCCUAUUUCAGAGCCCUGUCCCACUUUCUACUAUCAGUACAAACAGCAUUCCUGAAUCUGAACUUGAGCACACAUAGUUACAAGCUAAUAUACACUCCCAACUCUCCUGCUUCACUCAGUCAAGACAAUUUUGCCACCUGCAAUCUGGCAUUUCUCCAGUCCUUGGGAAAAUGGCCCAGUGCUGCCAGGAGGCUUCAGUUUGAUGUUUUUUCCUACCCCAUCGCUUGUUUACUUUUGCUCAGUUCUGUCUAUGCUCUUUCUGACACCACUGCAGACCCAAACCUAGAUAAUGCAAAAAGAUGAUGAUGAUAAUGAUAACGACAAUAAUAAAAAAUAGUGAAAUGGGCUGGGUGCUUAGAGAACAUCUUCAGGGGUGGAAGAACUGGUAGUUUCUGCUAUCUUCUCAGCUAGAAGAGUAUCUUAGUAUCACCAGUGAGCACUGACGUGGAGGAUGGGGACAGAAUGGAGAAAUUAAGGGCAUGUGUGUGUUCAGGGGGACUGACCUGGAAGGAUAACAAUAGGAUAGUCUUUCUUGCUUGUGUCAUUCAAGAUGGUAGAGAGGGAUCCUAUUUCAGAAUUAGGGAUCUUCACAGAACCAGUUUUGUGGUGAAAGGAGACCAUUAGAGCCCUCUUUAGUCCCACUCCCACCUUCAAGGAACUGGGAACUUAUUACUUUUUCUUCUCUGCCUCUCCUAAGAAUUAAAAAUACCGGACUAUAUUGCAAUUGUUUGCUUUGCUGAACAAGUAUCUUUCUUACUAGGCUGUGAAUUCUUGGAGAGCAAGGUUGCUGUCAGAUUCAUUUUUGACUUUCCAGCACCUUGCACUACAGGGUCUGGCAUGUUGCAAGUGCUCAGUAAACAUUUGCUAAUAAGAGAACAGAUCAGUGGCACUGAAAUGAAUACUUCUUCUUCCUACCCAUUGGGAAGGGGGUGGCUGGGAGUCGGCUUGACUUCUGCCGUAACUCUCAUUAUGCUGCCUUGCUCUCUGCAGAUGGCUUCGGUUGCCAAGGUGUAUUACAGCCAGACCACUCAGACGGAAAGCCGGCCCCUGAUGGGCCCAGGGAUCCGGAGGAGGAGAGUCCUCACAAAAGAUGGUCGCAGCAACGUGAGGAUGGAGCACAUCGCGGACAAGCGCUUCCUCUACCUCAAGGACCUGUGGACCACCUUCAUUGACAUGCAGUGGCGCUACAAGCUUCUGCUCUUCUCUGCUACCUUCGCAGGCACCUGGUUCCUCUUUGGUGUGGUGUGGUAUCUGGUAGCCGUGGCCCAUGGGGACCUGCUGGAGCUGGGCCCCCCGGCCAACCACACCCCCUGCGUGGUACAGGUGCACACGCUCACCGGGGCCUUCCUCUUCUCCCUCGAGUCCCAGACCACCAUUGGCUAUGGCUUCCGCUACAUCAGUGAGGAGUGCCCACUGGCCAUUGUGCUUCUUAUUGCCCAGCUGGUGCUCACCACCAUCCUGGAAAUCUUCAUCACAGGUACUUUCCUGGCAAAGAUUGCCCGGCCCAAGAAGCGGGCGGAGACCAUCCGUUUCAGCCAGCAUGCAGUCGUAGCCGCCCACAAUGGGAAGCCCUGCCUUAUGAUCCGAGUGGCCAACAUGCGUAAGAGCCUCCUCAUUGGCUGCCAGGUGACAGGCAAACUGCUUCAGACCCACCAGACCAAGGAGGGUGAGAACAUCCGCCUCAACCAGGUCAAUGUGACUUUCCAGGUGGAUACAGCCUCUGACAGCCCCUUCCUCAUCCUCCCCCUUACUUUCUACCACGUGGUGGAUGAGACCAGUCCCUUGAAAGACCUGCCCCUCCGCAGUGGUGAGGGCGACUUCGAGCUGGUGCUGAUCCUGAGCGGGACAGUGGAGUCCACCAGUGCCACGUGCCAGGUGCGCACCUCCUACCUGCCGGAGGAGAUCCUCUGGGGCUAUGAGUUCAUACCCGCCAUCUCGCUGUCCGCCAGCGGCAAAUACAUAGCAGACUUCAGCCUUUUUGACCAAGUGGUGAAAGUAGCCUCUCCAAGCGGCCUCCGUGACAGCACUGUACGCUAUGGAGACCCCGAAAAGCUCAAGUUGGAGGAGUCGUUAAGGGAGCAGGCUGAGAAGGAGGGCAGUGCCGUCAGCGUGCGCAUCAGCAAUGUCUGACGGCUUGGAGUCCCACCUCCCCAUCCCUCUGGUUUCUCUUCUUCUUGUGGCUCCUGGGUGAGGGAUGUUUGUUACCCAGGCUUACUGGGGAGCCCCAGAAGCAUCCUUCUCCACUCCUCUUCUUUAUCCCAGAGGCUAC